GAUCGCGAUGGCGGACGAUUGACUUUUCAUAAUUCCGGUAUAAAUUUGUGUUUUUGUUUCAACUGAUCACGAUUUUUCUCAACAGAUUUCUCUUAAAUGGAUGAAAGCGUACUGACCUCUCUCCUCCUGUUAAACCCUUCGGGUACAAACACGGGAUACUGUUCGGUUCAAGAUAGUCUGGAUGAAGUCGAGAGAAGGGACUCACAUCUUGACACAGAUGUUAUUUGCAUUGAGGAUUCCCCGAUAAGUAUCUCGAGCACUGUCAAUGAGGAGAUGUCAAAUAUAACUCCUUGUUCUUCUGUCCAUGAAGAAGAAGAUAAUGCAAGCGUAGUGGAAAUUUUUGUUUCCUCUAAGCCAGGAACCUCGCGGGAGUCGAAACCACCAUUGUUCUUUCUUGAAGAUCAAGAUGACGGGGUUUCAUCAUCGUGUUCGAUCUCAGUAAACAUGGAUGUUCAAGAUUACUACGAGAGGAUUACGAACAAAGAAGAACCUUCGACUUCUAGGAGAAAAGAAAAUCGUUUAAUCAAAAGAGAGCGAGAUUUCACUGUCCCUUGUUUAGAGACAAGAACUUCACUUAAAGCUCGCUACGAAUCUAAGUUUAAGCUGCACAUGAGAUUACGAAAGGCUGCUGGAAUCUCUAAUGCGCAAAAUUUCCGGAGAAAGUUUUACAAAUACAAGAAGCAUUUACACAAGGAACUUGAUGACUGGGAAAAUUACUUAAAUGAGCAGAGUGCACAGGAGGCUUACAUCGCUGUUGAGAAUGUAGUUGAUAAUGAAGGUCCACCGAAAGACUUCAUAUACGUGACUAAUAAUGUGAUGCACCAAGAUAUGCCAAGUCAUUUGUUUGACAUUGAUUAUCUUGUUGGGUGCAGCUGUGAGCGGAUAUGCACAAUGGAAACUUGUGACUGCCCACGAAACGGUGGAGGGGAGUUUGCUUAUGACAGGAACGGAAGGGUGCGUGUGAAACCAGGCACACCUAUAUAUGAGUGUAACCCGCGCUGUCCCUGUAGUCUGUCAUGUAGAAAUCGUGUGUUGCAGCGAGGCCGGACCGUUAAGGUGGCAAUAUUCCGAACUCCAAAUGACUGUGGGUGGGGUGUGAAGACCAUGGAACACAUAGAGAAGAACCAGAUGGUAACUGAAUAUGUUGGUGAGGCCAUAACACAAGAGGAAGCUGAAGAACGAGGAAAAGUUUAUGAUAGUCGCGGGCAGACAUACUUGUUUGAUCUUGAUUUCAAUGAUGGAGAAUGCCUUUACACUCUUGAUGCCAAAAAAUAUGGCAACAUAUCGCACUUUAUAAAUCAUUCGUGUGAUCCCAAUCUUGAUGUCUAUGCUGUCUGGGUUGACACCCUCGACCCUAACUUUCCACGCAUUGCACUGUUUGCAAACCGCAAUAUUGAAGUAGGAGAGGAGUUGACCUUUGACUACCAGAUGUCAUUGGAUACAGGAAGCAGUUGUUCCUCACCAAGGAAAAAGGAACACUUAAAGUGCCGCUGUGGUGCAGAAAAAUGUAGAACAUUUUUAUUUUAAAGAAUUUUUCAAAUUCACACACUCUUCUGUAUAUGCAGUUUUAAACCACCAAAUAGAAAAUAUAUGUAACUGUCACAAAAGUUAACCAAUUAGGAGAGCAUGGAGACAUCUUGAAACAGAAUUUGCAAGGUUAGAUAUUUUAGCUUAAACCAGUGCACCGCCUCUCUGAUGUCAUAGUGUUUAACACUGUGAUACUUGUUCAGAUUCAUGUACCAAUGGCAUGUACACUCUAAAUAACCU